AUGCUUAAUAAUUUUCAAUAUUUAAUGGACCCCAACUCUUACAAAUAUCUUUGGUUGUGCUUAUUAUUUAGUUGUCAAGUAAUACUGUGUAAGGAAAUUAGUACACCAUCAACCGAUAAAAAUAUUAAUGUAUUGAAUGAGUGUCAGCAAUGUAAAGUUCUGACAGACUCCUUCAAUUACUGGUUUAAAAAAACAUCACGAGGAAAAUACGAAGGGGGCGAUGUUGCUUGGGAAGAAGCUAAACUAAAAACCUAUGCACGAAGUGAGGUUCGUUUGGUAGAAAUUCAAGAAGGUUUAUGUUCUGAACUAAAGGCUAAUAAAGAUCAAUGCUACUCUUUAGCAGAUGUAGCUGAAAAUGUAUUAGAAAACUGGUAUUACAGUGAAGAUCAUGAUACUGUUAAUUUGUAUACAUGGCUGUGUAUUCAGAAAUUACAAAACUGCUGUCCUCUGUCCCAUUAUGGAGAAUCCUGUUCUCCUUGCCCACAUAAUUUAAACAAUGAAAUUUGUAGUGGAAAUGGUAAAUGUCACGGAGAUGGUACAAGGGAGGGCAACGGAACUUGCAUUUGUAAAAGUGGAUAUUCUGGCAAUUUAUGUGAAGAAUGUGCUGAAAAAUUCUUUUCUGAAAAUGCCAGUUGUAGACCUUGUCAUGCAGCAUGUGCCGCUUGUACAGGAGAGAGUUUAGAUGACUGUAUUACAUGCAGUAAUGGUUGGGAAAUGCAAGAAAAUACUUGUGUGGAUAUUAAUGAGUGUGCAUUGCCACAGGUAUGUGAGAAUGAUGAUUAUUGUAUAAAUCAAGAAGGCACCUUUUUAUGUGAAAAAUGUGAUGAUUCCUGCAAAACAUGUACAGGACCAGGAAGAAAAAAUUGUUCAACAUGCAGAGAAAGUGACAUAUUAAUAUCAGGGAUGUGUUUGAAUGAAUCUCAAAAAAAUAAAAUUGUAAAUGAUGCCAAGAAAAGAGUUUUAACAUAUUUUGGAUUGUUAUUACUGACAAAAGUUACUUUCCGAUCAUCUAAAAUUUUAGCAGCUGUGGUUGUCUUGUUUUCUUCAUUUUAUAUAUAUCACACUGAGGAUACAGCUGAAGUACCUUCAAUAGAUCUUUACAUGCAAAGUUCAGAGUUACCAUGAGUCAUAUAACUAUAAGAAAUGGAUUUAAAAUAUUUUUUUAUUUCAAUAUGACUUUUUGUUAAACCUUGGAUGUACCAAAUAAUUGAACACAUUGUGAAAUAGAUGAUCACAUUGUGUUGCUCCUAAAAGGGGUGCAUGACAUUGGGAGAGUAGUUGCAUUAUAUUUGCAACAUUCUGGUUCAUGCCUUCCAAGUGGCCAAACUAUAUGGACUUCGAAUAAAGAAAAAACAAAAAUAAGAUAGCCGUUAAAUGCUCACACUACUUAAUUUGUUAACAAGGGCGGAUGAUUCAAGGAAUAGAGAAUAGGAGACUUAAAUUUUUAUACUGACUAUUAUGAUUACCUUUUUUUUGUAUCAGCAAAUAUGUUAGAGGAAAAAGCUGAACAAAUGGAUGAGAGAGUAACACACAUCUCUAAGCACUUGAAAAAAUAUCUGGAACAAAACAGGAGUGAAAAAAACUGGAAGAAUAGGUUUUAACCAUUUUAUUGGCACCUUUCAAAUCUCCUGAAUAUGGCAUGAAAGGUACAAUAUAAGCUCGAAAAAUACCUGUAAAAGGUUGCACUUUUAGAUAUACCUAUUUUAAUCAAGAUAAACAUUAUACAAAACCACAGCUGAAAAAUAUUAGUUAUAAAAAUGUUAGUUAUUAUCCAGAGAGGCAAUGGAAGAAUAUUUUUGUAAGGAAGACCUGUUGUCUAUUAAGUAUUGCCUAAAAUAAAUAACAACACGAUAAAUAUACCAUUCAUUGAGUGACAUAAAAUAAGGACCUAAGUGAAGAUAAUACAGGCAAAGCUAAUAAGUCUUGGGACAUCAUAGGGUACUAGCGGUUUUUUUUUUUGUGAAGCUGAUUUAUUGAUCAAAUGCGAUAAAAAACCUCCAAAAAAGGUACUUGCCUGAUGAAACUUGCAGAUUCUAUAAGGAAUAAGCAAAAGCUAUGAAUUGUCUAACAAGGAAUCAAAUGAAUAUUUAGAAAUGUUGGCCACCUGGACUGACAUGUCUAUAGGCCCGCAUCUACCAACAUAAUCACAGAUUGAGAUGAAAAUGCUGAGAAAGGGAUUCCCAACUUUAUAGUCAGUUGUAUGUGUAGAGUUGUAGUUAUUUUUUUAAGUCUAUGUGGUUAUGGAUGUCUAAGCCCAUAAUACUCCUGCUCUAAACCAGCGCUAAUAACUGGCUUCAAUAAUUGUUUUUCCAAACACCUUACAUGUAGUAGAUGAAAGUUGCAAGUAUAUUUUUUAUUUAAGCUAUAUAAGUCUAGAAUAAACAAAUCCUAUUUAUGGAACUUUAAGUUUUUUAGGUUAUCAUUGAUAUACAGGUGAAGAAUGAGUAAACUAUGUAUAUGUAUUAAAAUACCAUUUAUUGCAAAAGUACAUAACUACAGUGUCAUUUAUAUACAAAAAUGUAAUACAAACUUUAAUAAUGAAACUAAUUGUAUAAAUAGCUACUUUAUAAUACAGCAUUCGUACACUAACAUAUUUGAUAAAUGAGUAUGUAAUACAUAAUAAGUAUAAUUGAUAAUUGCCAAUUCCAAUUUUAAAAAAAUUGUCACAACAAAAAAAUGUUAAAAAAAUUGGUUGCAAAAAUAAUCCAUGUAAUAAGUGUAAUUUAUGGUAAUGGAUCUUAUAAUGCAUGUAAUACUUGAAUAUAGGAAAUAAAUGUUGUUUAAGCAGUAACAGGUACACCUUUACUAUAGUUGUGAAAAGUUAUAAGCUACAAGAACAAUAUAAUAUGUAGUACAAGUGAAUAAUCAAAUACAUUUUCAGUAUGUAGAGUAGUUUUAGGCAUUAGUUACCAAUUAUCAUGUAAUCUUUCUCUUUAUAAUAUUUAUUCAAUUUAAUAAAGGAAUAUGAAGAUAAAA